AUGGAGGUCGAUCCUAUGGAGAACGCGGCUGAUUCGGCUUCGCCCUCCAACCCCCAGCUGACCACCUUGCAGCCAGCUGCGCACCGCGACCGCUUCUUGCAUCUUCAGACCUCGGCCAGAUACGCCGGAGCAGUCGAUCCAAGUGCUCGUUUCAAAACUAUACUGGCGCUUGUAGAUGCAUAUAGAAAUGCAGCAGAAUUCACUUCGCUGCUGCAGCAUGACUGGGACAUCUUCCUUGCGCUCGAGACUCGUUUAGCCGCCGAGACAAGCCCUCUAUCACCAGACACGCUGCAAACACUCUUUGAGUUGCACAAAAACGCUGUAUCCCACUUGCCAACAAACUGCCUGAUCAAGCGGUACAUCAGUAUACUGCUCACAUACUUCUCACAACUCUACCAUGUCGACAACGCCCUCGUCGUGCUUCAAUCUUCUAAAGAUACAUCUACCACAUCCGAUCCUGCGCUCAAGUGGACAAGCCUAGAUUCAUGUCCGACCAUCAAUUUGCCGCAUUCAACUUACAUUCCCUCGUCACUUCCGCCACUUGCACGAGAUGUAGCCGAGACUGCUGUCUGGGAAGCCGUGUGCGGUGUCGAAGCUAUUCGCUGGCGUAUUCGUGAGGCGUAUACACGCUGCGCCUAUCAGUUGCAAGAGAGUCAGGAUGUCUGGAAACUCUAUCUGGGCUUCGAAGAGAUGCUUCUUGCUUCGACUCACGUCGCAAGAGAUCAGCAGCUCGAAACAGUACGACAAGUCUAUCUCGCCAGAUUGAGGGUUCCCCAUACCGCGAUCGACGACACUUUCCAGGCCUAUUCGAGCUUUGUCACGCAGCACUUGCCACCGCAGCAGUACGAGAGCGAAAUGUCGGCUGCAAAUGUGCUUGUCGCCGAAUCAAAGGCUAUCCUUCGUCAGAGGGAACAGCACGAGGAUGCACUGGCCAUGCUUUUUCGACCGGGUCAACUCCAUGGCACAGGUUCAAGACAGGAUCUGGACGGCUUUGCUGCUUGCUGCAAAGCCUAUGUACGCUGGCAGAGCGCUCGUGCGGUACGAGCGUUGAGAUCCAAGGACAAAUCGGCUGCUCAAACGGAAUUGAACCUAACAUGCGCGCUCUUCGACAGGCUCGUUGCACACUUUGGUCUUCAUCCACCGACCACGCAUAAGCACGAGCUUGUCUACUAUUCGGACGACGUAAGCAGCUCAGAAGGCUAUCCUCGCGAGUUCAAGCGGCUCGGCCAAGCAGAGCGUGAGGCACGCAUUCAACAAGAACAGCAGCUUUUCUCGGAGAGGCAUUCGCUCGCAACCGAGCUCUGGCUUGACUACAUUGCGGUUCUGACUUGUUCGCCACGACCAGACGCGUCAUUGAUCAUGGACGUGUGUACACGUGCAGUGCAAUGUCUUCCAACAGCCGUCAGCCUACACUGCGUUUUGAUGCGCAGUUCAGCACGCUUUCAACGAUCGCGUGCGCAGAUCGAACAGCUGUUCGAGAAAGUUGCCACUCCAGGCGCGCUUGAACUCAAAGGUCCCGAGCUCACCGACCUCUGCCUUGCUCGUAUCGAUUGCGAGCGCGAGCUUGCAACGUUCGAUCUAGUGGUCAAAGCGGGCGCAGAGAUCGAUGUAGAUCCGGCACAGGAUAUGGAUAAAUUCACCGAGAUCUACGCGCUUUUGAGCUAUUCAUUGGGCAAGCUCGCCGAGCUACACGAUGACCAGCGCGAUCCGAGCCUCAGGUUGGAAAAAGCGAUCGUCAACUGGGUGGAGAGAGCAGUGUUUGCCAUGGGCGGUCCCGCAUCGGAAGGUGGUGCAGGAUUGAACGAGCUCGCCGAGUCGGUUUGGCAGACGGCCGUGGUGCAACAGCCUGACAAUGCGCUUGUGUAUCGGGAGGCGGCGGGAUACUGGCUGCGUCGAUUCGAGGCCAGAAAGGCGCGUGGAUGGUUCAAGGCGGGCAUAUCAAAGUUGGAACGCAAGCAGUCGCAGGAUGCGAGACCUGAGUAUCAGGCGCUGUUGCAGGACUGGGUACAGUUCGAGCAUCUGCACGGUUCCAUCGAGGAGGUAGAGUAUGCCGAAGGCAAAAGCAGGGCGGAGCGUCAACGUGCGCUGGAGGCUUGGUACGCGCAGUAUGCGCAGUAUGGUUAUUCAACAGAGCCGCAGACGCAAGCGCAGUCGUAUUCUCACAUGAACAGAGACUUGAACUCGACGAUGCAAGUUGAGUCGCCUUCGAACCACCUCGACCGAAAUCAGACCGGCAAAAGAAAGGCUGACGAUGAUGAGAAAGAGGCCGACACGUCGAUCGCUGAUGCACCAAUGUCUAUCCGUGCUGACGCAUUGUGCGCACCCAUCGAUACCAGCUCCGAGCAGCCAAAGAAGACACGCGCGCAUGAUGCCGAAUCUGCCCCAUCGCGCGACCGCGAGCACUGUUCUGUGCUAGUCUCGAACCUCGAUCCCACCGCGGACGCCUCAGCUGUACGCCACCUGCUUCGUGGUUGCGGCCGAAUCGUCGAGCUUUCGGGGCCAAACAUUCUCACUUCUCCCACUGGCUCCACCUCCGCCGCAGCACUCGUCGAAUUCGCCGAUCCCAACGGUGCAUCGUCUGCACUUACGCGUCACAACAAGACCAUAUCUUCCACCCCGGUCUCGAUCCACAUCGGGUGGAAAUGCACGCUGUUCGUAACAAAUUUUCCAGAGGACUGGAACGACUCAUCGAUUCGAUCCACUUUCGCAGCCCACGGUCUUGUCUUUACGGUUCGUUGGCCUAGCAAGCGAUUCGCUUCAACGCGUCGUUUUUGUUAUGUCCAGUAUACGACGCCUGAUUCAGCCGCUGCAGCUGUAGCAGCACUGGACAAGACAGAGGUCGCACCGGGACGCAUGCUCAAUGUCGCGCUGUCCGACCCGAGCCGUAGAAAGCAACGAACGGAUGCGCAAGAAAACGCCAAGGAACUGUUCGUUUCCGGAUUCGCACGCAACAUCACCGAGGAAGAGCUCAGGGUCUACUUUGAAUCGUAUGGUACGGUCAAAGGUGUUCGGUUACUCCGCAACGCAGAGGGCGCGUUGAGAGGUAUUGGGUUCGUCGACUUUGAAUCACAGUUGGAAGCUCAGCGGGCGAUGAGGGAGCUCAAUUCUACGAAAUGGAGAGGCAAGACGAUUUCCGUGACCAUAGCCGAUACUCGAUCUCACGGUGCGUCUUGCUCUGCACAGAGAGAAGAUGUGCAAGAAAGACGAGCGAAAAGCGUUCGCGUAACCGGCUUGCCAGUGGAUGCACAGGAAGCGUUGAUCCAGCAAGCGGUGGAGCGAGAGGUUGGCUUGGGUAGUGUCAAGCAGGUCUUGUGGAGACCAGAUGGGGUGAAUCAGAAAGCGACGGUGGAGUUUUCCGAGUUCAAGGAUGCGGGCAAGGCAGUGUUGAUUGGUGGAGCAGGUGGAAUCAGAUACGGAGAUGUGGUGCUGAACGUCAGUGCGGCUGAGGAGGAAGGCGCAGCAGGCGAUGGGCCAAAGCCGCAAGUGGCCGUGGGUGAAGUGCAACCGGCGGCGGCGUUGUCGUUCAUGCCACGUUCAUCGAGAGGUGGACGCGGACGUGGUCGUGGCAGAGCGUUCGCACUGGCGUAUGCGUCUCAUGCGGCCACGAGUCAUGUAGCAGCUGAGGGCGUUUCGAAUGCAGGCGAGGAUAUGGACGUAGAACCGGCUGGCAAUGACGAGACGAGCGGUAAGCCGUCUGGUCAGGAUCGAUUCCGAGCCAUGCUGCAACGUCAAUGA